AUGGCGAUCCGCAAGAAGAGCACCAAGAACCCCCCGGUCCUGAGUCACGAAUUCAUCCUGCAGAAUCAUGCGGACAUUGCCUCCUGUGUGGGCAUGUUCUUCGUGCUGGGACUGAUGUUCGAGGCGACUGCAGAAGCAUCUAUCGUUUUUAUUACCCUUCAGCACAGUGUUACCGUCCCCGCAGCGAAAGAACAAGCCACGGAAUCCAGGUCCCUUUAUAAUUAUGGUGUCAAAGAUUUGGCCACGGUGUUUUUCUACAUGCUAGUGGCAAUAAUUAUUCACGCCACAAUUCAGGAGUAUGUGUUGGAUAAAAUUAACAGGCAAAUGCAGUUUCCCAAGACGAAACAAAGCAAGUUUAAUGAAUCUGGUCAGCUUAGUGUAUUUUACCUUGUUUCUUGUAUUUGGGGCAUAAUCAUUCUAAUCUCUGAAAACUGCAUUUCAGACGCUACUGUCUUGUGGAGGGCUCAUCCCCAUAACAUGAUGACAUUUCAAAUGAAGUUUUUUUACGUAUCACAGUUGGCUUACUGGCUCCAUGCUUUUCCUGAGCUCUACUUCCAGAAAACCAAAAAACAGGACGUUCCCCGUCAACUCAUCUACUUUGGUCUUCACCUCUUUCAUGUCGCUGGGGCUUACCUUUUGUACUUGAAUCAUCUGGGACUUGUUCUCAUGGUGUUGCAUUAUUUUGUUGAAUUACUUUCCCACAUGUGCGACCUGUUUUAUAUGAGUGAUGAAAAGUAUGAGAAAGGGUUUUCUCUGUGGGCAAUUGUGAUUGUUUUGGGAAGACUGCUGAUUUUAAUUGUUUCGGUACUCACUGUUGGCUUUCAUCUUGCUGGAUCUGAGACUCAGAAGCCGGAUAUCAUUGCUGGAAAUUUCAACGUGUUGGCUGCGAAAAUUGCUGUUCUGUCUUCCAGUUGCACGAUCCAAGCAUUCAUAACAUGGAAUUUAAUUACUGUCCAGCUCCAGAGGUGGCGGGAACAAUCUACUUUUGAGGCCCCCUGUGUGAAGAAGAAACGGACAACGACUAAAGGAAAAUCUUCUAGAAAAGGAACAGAAAAUGGAGUGGAAACUUCAAAUAGAGCAGACUCCCCCCGUAAUAAGAAAGAGAAAUGAUCAUAAUGAAUUGCAAACUAAUUGAUCACUGUCCCCAAAGAAAUCGGCUCCUUACUAUAGCUUUCUGAACUAGAAAUUUUCCUGUUCUCAAAAAUAGUGUGUGCCCUUUGAUUUUUGCUAUUGUGCUGUUUCGUGUGUUUUCUUCCCCCAAGGCAUUGGGGGACUAUUCUAAUCAAUGAAAUCAUUUUGGUUUAGUUGAAGCUACUUUUUUCAAAAUAGAUUAGGGACCAUCACCUUAUUUUUUUUUAACCUUUUUAACAUUUUCCUGAUGAUUUGGAAACAUAACUACAAACAUUCCACAUACGAAUAAUACAAUUUCUUGUUCCCACCUAUUUUUUUUUUUUAAUAGUAUUAAUAAGACAGUAUGUUCCAGCAAGGUUUUAUUUUUAAUAUUCUCUUUCAGGGUAAGAUGGAAAGAGUAUAAAGGUAGAAUUCAAAAGUCAACUAUAAUGUUUUCACUGUUAUCUAAUUCUUAGAAUUUAUUUAUUUUUUGGGCAGAAUUUAGAACUGGAGAGAUUUGUAAAACCACCAGAAUAACCAUAUGCUUUAUUUUAUAGGUAAUGGUGGUUAGUGAUAUAUCCCUAUUUAAAAAAAAAAAAAAAGGUACAUAUUAGUGGUUGAAAUGCGUGGAGAUUUAUUGAUGUAUACAUUGAAUCAAAAUGUCUUGAAUUAAUAUAAAAAUAAUAUUGAAAAGGUAAAGUCAUUCUUGUCAUUUUAAACACUUGUAAACUGGAAAUCAGAAAAUUAAAUAUUUAAUGUAAAGAGGCAAAUCAGACUUAAAUAGCUUUUUUUGGUAUAUUUAUUAAAGAUGAUUCUUAAUGGGGCUUGACAUAAGCUUGGU